CACACGUGCGGGCAGCUUACACAGAACGACAGGCUUGCUUUGGCACACACUGUCAGCGUGGCAGCUGCUGGUGAGGGCCUGGCUGACACCCUCUCUUUGCUUGUUUUCUCAGGUCGUUGCGCUGUCGUCAUGGAGCCUCUUGAGAGAUUCAAUCUACUAUACACUGUCUGUUGUUGCACUCAUUGUGUUUAUUUAUGACGAAAAGGUUUCCUGGUGGGAGUCCUUAGUCUUGGUGCUGAUGUACGUCAUCUACAUCAUUAUCAUGAAGUACAACUCAACCAUACAUCACUGCUUUGAAAGGAAGACAAAAAACUCGGCAAAUAUGGUGAAUGGUUUAGCAAAUAACACAGAAAUGGAUGAUAACAGCAACUGCGAUGCCACAGUGGUAUUACUAAAGAAAGGAAACUUCCACCGUAAAGCGUCAGUGAUCAUGGUGGAUGAGCUGCUGUCUGCCUACCCACACCAGCUUUCGUUUUCUGAGGCUGGGCUCCGGAUCAUGAUAACCAGCCACUUCCCUCCCAAAACACGUCUCUCCAUGGCCAGCCGCAUGUUGAUCAAUGAGAGACAAAGGCUGAUCAACAGCAGGACUUACACCAAUGGUGAGUCAGAGGUAGCAAUCAAAAUACCUGUCAAGCAUGUUGUCGAGAAUGGAACAGGUCCCAGCAACUCUGCUGAGCGGGGCGUGAAUGGCACACGGCGGGAUGAAGACAUGGCUGAGGCUGGGAACGAGACUGAGAACGAGAAUGAGGAUAACGAGAACAAUGAAAACGAUGAGGAAGAGGAAGAAGAUGACGAUGAUGAUGACCAUGAAGGGCCAUAUACACCUUUUGACCUACCCACUGGCAAGAUAGAAAUUUUGAAGUGGCUCUUCACAUGGCCAUUGAGUUUUGUCCUGUACUUCACAGUGCCCAACUGCAACAAACCCCACUUGGAAAAAUGGUUCAUGGUUACCUUUGCUUCUUCUACACUCUGGAUUGCAGCUUUCUCAUACAUGAUGGUGUGGAUGGUGACAAUCAUUGGCUACACACUGGGAAUUCCAGAUGUGAUCAUGGGCAUCACUUUCUUGGCAGCUGGAACCAGUGUGCCAGACUGCAUGGCAAGCCUUAUCGUAGCAAGGCAAGGUAUGGGUGAUAUGGCUGUGUCCAACUCCAUUGGAAGCAAUGUGUUUGAUAUUUUAAUUGGCCUAGGCCUCCCAUGGGCUUUGCAGACCCUAGUGGUGAAUUAUGGAUCAUACAUUCGGUUAAACAGCAGAGGACUUAUCUAUUCUGUCGGUCUCCUGCUGGCAUCUGUUUUUGUCACAGUUUUUGGCGUCCACACGAACAAAUGGAAACUGGAUAAGAAGCUAGGGUGUGUGUGCCUUUCCCUUUAUGGCAUCUUCCUGUGUUUCUCCAUCAUGACAGAAUUCAAUGUUUUCACUUUUGUGAACUUGCCCAUGUGCAGAGAUCACUAA